AUGGAGGAGCCGGGGAUGGAGGAGUCGGGGACGGAGGAGUCGGGGACGGAGGAGCCGGGGGUGGAGGAGCCGGGGGAGCCCAAACGACCCCUGGUUCCCAGUCCUGGCCCCGGGGGGACCUUCCCACGACCGGGAGGGACCGGCCCGGGGCUGGGGACGGAGGAGUCGGGGCUGGAGGAGCCGGGGAUGGAGGAGCGGGGGAUGGAGGAGUCGGGGACGGAGGAGUCGGGGACGGAGGAGCCGGGGGUGGAGGAGCCGGGGGAGGACACGUCAGACGAUGAAGACCACAAAGACCAGCCCCACGAAGACCUGGCGGGGACUGCCGUGACCAACUGGCAGCAAGACGGAAACCACCAAGAGGAGAGUGAAGAGCCUCGGGACUCUGGAAGGGGACAAGUGGAAGUGGCCCAGCUGAGCCUGGAGCCCUCUACCACCGAGCGGCAGGAGGGAAAAGCUGGGAGUGACCUGUCCUGGAGCCCCAGAACACCAUCCGACAGGAAGAGGAAAUUCUCACAAGUUUAUACAGACACAAUGGACUCCGGCUCCGUUUUUGAUAGCGAUGAAGAGGAAGAGGAAUUUGAAACACCAAAGAGGAUCCUCUUAGACAGGGAUGUAACACUCCCAGACAUCCCCCUGCCGCCCAUCCAGGCCAGCUGGGACCCUCUUCCAGCUCCAGAGUCCCAGACCUCUGAGAAGAUCAGGAGAGGUACGUUGGGCAGGCAAAUUGGUCUGAAAUGGGCUGCAGCCACUCUUUGUGGGAGAGACUGGAUGAGGCUGGCUUCAAGUCUUUCUCUUGGGGGCUGGUGUCCCGCCUCGGGAUGCCCACAGCCCGGCUUUCAGCCAAGUGGUGGCUUCUCUCCCACCUGCUCUCACAGAAAUGAGGAAGAGCCUUGGCUUGGGCUUUGGCCUUGCCCUUCCUCAGUCUUUCCCUUUGGCCUCCUACAGCUCAAGCAAACCACACUCUGCCUCUGGAGUCCCCGCCAAGGGCCCCUCAGGAGGAAGACUGGACCCAGGAGAAUUGGGGGACUGGAGGAGCUCUGCUGCCAGACAACAUCAACAUAAACCCAGUCCCCUACCUGUAUUGGUACCCUCCAGCCUUCCCAGUACCAGCUCCUGUGGUCCAAUAUAUCCUGCGCCCGAGGUAUCGAAGCCUCAUCAAGCCUAUACGGGCCAAAUUCCCCUGCUACCCCAUCCUCAGAAAACCAACAGUGAAGAGCUUUUACAGGAGGACCAUCAGAAAACGAAUUUAGAAUGAAGACCCCCAGGUCUCUUCUUCUCGCGGGGAAUGGAACAGCUAACUAGCCCAAAUCAUCUGCUGCUACCAAACCGUGGCUCCAUCCGAAAAGCCCAGUGACACCCCACGGCACUCACCCUCGCCAUCAGACGGAAGGGAACGCUCCCCAAAAACACACACAAAGUGCCCACCGGCCCGGCCACGGAGCUCUCCCCCCACCAGAAACCCACUGCAAGCUGAAACGCU